CCUCAUGCACCACACACACACUUGAUCAGCACAGCAUGGCGAAUCGGAUGAUCAAGUUUGUCCCUUAGCGUCUGCCGUACUUCGCCAAACACGUGGAGGAAACAAACAUGGCGGACAUGCUGCAAGUCUGACGGGGUAGCAUGUGACACUCAUACGGGGCUGAUAUCGUUUUCUUUCUUUUCUUUCCUCCCCCCCUUCAUUUCCGAGGUUCCUUUAGGGUUCUUCACUCCAUCAUGAAUCACCGUGAUGAUGAUGGUGGUGAUGAUGAUGAUGAUGUGCCCCAGCUCUCGGCUGCUGCUCUGGCGGCUCUGCAGGAGUUUUACGCGGAGAAUGGAGCUGGACCCUCGGCUCUGAGAGACAGCUACACCGUGGGGGCCAUUAAGGAGGACUGGCGGAUGAGCCAGUUCUGGUACAGUGAUGAGACGGCUACACGGCUGGCUGAGGAAGCCAUACAGCAAGCGGGAAAACAGGGGAGAAUAGCAUGCAUCAGUGCUCCCAGUGUCUACCAGAAGCUGAAGCAGCUGGAAUCCGAGAACGUCGAUGGGUCACGCCGCGUGUCGGCCGUGCUGCUCGAGUUUGACCGUCGAUUCGCUGCAUACGGUGAUGAGUUCAUCUUCUAUGACUACAACAACCCGCUGUGUUUGCCUGAAGAUGUCCUCCCGCAGAGCUUCGAUAUCGUGGUUGCAGACCCUCCGUACUUGUCUGAGGAAUGCCUGAGCAGGGUGGCACUCACAGUAAAAUACCUCACCAAGAGGAAAAUCCUGCUGUGCACAGGAGCUGUUAUGGAAGAGCAUGCAGGAAAACUCAUGGAUGUGAAGAUAUGCCGUUAUCUACCCAAACAUAAUCACAACCUCGCUAAUGAAUUCAGAUGUUAUGUUAACUAUGAGUCAGGUCUCCUCUAGGCUUGGAGUGGAACUUUAAAGUAAAGCCAGUUACGGACUGUUGAGAAUUCUUAUGGGAUCAUUUUGUCUGGAUUACCAUAUUUGGGUGGUGUGAUAUUUUCGUGCCUGACCAGCUUUCUUUUUUUUUUAAACAUGGUUUAAUCAUGAUUAACAUGAAUUGUACAACCUCAAAUCCAAAAAAGUUGGGACGCUGUGUAAAAUGUAAAUAAAAUGAUUUGCAAAUCUCAUAAACCCAUAUGAUGUAUCACAUGUUUAAACUGAGUAAAUGUACCAUUUUAAGAAAAACAUAAGGUCAUUUUGAAUUCGAUGGCCGCAACACGUCUCAAAAAAGUUGGGACGGGGGCAAAACAAGGCUGGAAAAGUAAGUGUUAUUAAAAGGAAACAGCUGGAGGUUCAUUGGCAACAGGUCAGUAAGAUGAUUGGGUAUAAAAAGAUUAUCUUAGAGAGGCAGAGUCUUUCAGAAGAAAAGAUGAGCAAAGCUUCAGCAAUCUGCGAAAAACUGAGUCUACAAUUUGUGGAACAAUUUCAGGAUAAUGUUGCUCAACAUAAAAUUGCGAAGACUAUGAACAUCUCGUCAUCUACAGUACAUAAUAAAUAUAAUCACCAGGAGGCAUGAUUCUGUAAUGGAAAUCGCUGCAUGGGCUCAGAAACACCUCCAGAACUCAUUAUCUGUGAACACAGUUCGCCGUGACAUCCACAAAGGCUGGUUACAGCUCUAUCAUGCAAAGAAGCCAUAUGUGAACAUGAUCCAGAAACACUGCCGUCUUCUCUGGGCCAAAGCUCAUUUAAAAUGGACCGAGGCAAAGUGGAAAACUGUUCUGUGGUCAGACGAAUCGAAAUGUGAUGUUCUUUUUGGAAACUAUGUACGCCGCGUCCUCUAAAUUAAAGAGGAGAGGGAAGAUCUGGCUUUUUAUCAGCGUUUGGUUCAAAAGUCUGCAUCUCUGAUGGUAUGGGGGUGAAUUAGUGUCUAUGGAAUGGACAGCUUGCACAUCUGGAAAGGCACCAUCAAUGCUGAAAGGUAUUUCCAGGUUUUAGAGCAACAUCUGCUUCCAUCCAGAUUCCAUCCCACCUUUACUUCUGAGAGACUCUGUCUCUCUAAGCUACUCUUUUAUACCCAGUCAUGUUACUGACCUGCUCCCAAUUAACCUAAUUAGUUGCGAAAUAUUCCUCCAGCUGUUUCUUUUCAGUAGCACUUACUUUUCCAGCCUCGUGUUGCCCCAUCCCAACUUUUUUGAGCCAUCAAAUUCAAAAUGACCUUCUUUUUUUCCCCCCUUAAAAUUGUACGUUUUCCGUUUAAACAUUUGAUACGUUUUCUAUAUUCUACUGCGAAUAACAUAUCCGUUGAUGAGAUUAGCAAGUCGUUGCA